CAACCCACUUCUUUAAUUUCCCCCUCUUUGACUUUCCAAGCUUUCAAUAUCUCUCUUCCGCGUUCGUUAUAAAUUCAUUUCAUCUUCGUCAAAUCUUGCAUUCCAAGUUAGUUUCCAAGCUGAAGAAGAAAAAUGCCGGAGAAAGAGAGUCACAGCGCUGUUGCAGAGCCCCGCCUGGUGGCCAGAAAGUUUCUGGCCAGGCCCCAGCAUGAAGGAUUGGGCGCCAUUGUUAGAAGGAGCAUUGGAAGGUUUGAGCUGAAAUAUUUUGACCCUUUUCUGGUUUUGGAUGAAUUUUCAGUUACUGCCCCAGCUGGAUUUCCUGAUCAUCCACACAGAGGAUUUGAGACAGUGACCUACAUGUUACAGGGAAGUGUGACCCAUGAAGAUUUUGAAGGCCACAAGGGAACAAUUGGUGCAGGUGACAUACAGUGGAUGACUGCAGGAAGAGGGAUUGUUCAUUCAGAAAUGCCUGCAUCCCAAGGCACCCAAAAGGGCCUCCAGCUUUGGAUCAACCUCUCUUCCAAGAAUAAAAUGAUUGAACCAAAUUACCAAGAAGUUUCAAGCAAGGAAAUCCCAGAAGCUUCAAAAGAUGGAGUGAGAGUGAAAGUCAUAGCUGGUGAGGCAUUGGGAGCAAAAUCACCAAUAUACACAAGAACUCCAACCAUGUACUUGGACUUCACUCUCAACCCAAAAGCUCAUCUCCAACACCCGAUCCCGUCGUCCUGGAAUGCGUUUGUUUACGUUCUAGAAGGCGAAGGUGUGUUUGGGAGCUCAAAGUCGGCGCCCGCGAUGGCUCAUAACCUUCUGCUGCUCGGUUUCGGGGACGGUUUAGAGGUCUGGAACAAGUCAAGCAAGCCUCUGAGGUUUGUUUUGGUUGGAGGUGAACCAUUGAGUGAGCCUGUUGUGCAAUUUGGGCCAUUUGUGAUGAACACUCAAGAAGAAAUUGACCAAACUAUUGAUGAUUUUGAUAACUUUACUAAUGGGUUUGAGAAAGCAAGGCAUUGGAGAUCAGAAGCUGCACUUACUCUUGGGUUCUAACUUUUAUUUUUUUCUUCUUAAAAAAAAAAUCAAAUCAUUGUUCAUAGGAUCAUUCCUUUUCCCUUGAUCGAAAGGCAAAAUAUAUGUUUUAGUAAUCCCUCGUGUUUGGGUGUUCUUUCAAUCUUAUUCUUGUAAUUGAAAAAGUUUCAAUAUA